AGCGGCAACUGAAGGCCCGCGUGUGCAGAAAGUUCAAGCUUGCCUGCCCGACGUCUCCCGCGCGUGCAGCCGUGUGGUAUUACAUGUGCCACGGAAAAGCCGCACACAUUCUACGCACUGGGACGAAGCUUUCAUAUCGGUACAUCUUCGACUGCUUGGCUGCGACUACGGCAACGCUAUGCGACUUGGCUGUCAUACGGCCCCUCGUCUUCCGUUGCUCAUUCGUUACGAACAGCUUCAGUCCCACUAGGUCUCGAACGCCAGUGAAGCUAAUGGAGCUUCGCCCACGUUGCUCGCGCACAGCUAUCCCGCAUCGACCCCAUACACACUCUGCCGAGUACAGUGCUUCCCCAGUACAGCAGGGUUCACAUUGGAAAACUUUCAUGGUGGAGAGGUCGCGUAGUGAAAUGCGAGAAGUGCCAAGUAGGCCGUCGUCCUGUGCGCGGGUGUGCUCCGAUGAAAGGCUCAGCUCACGAGGUCGCACGUCGUUUAUAAGUUCGGACAAGUGCCCCAAGCAACGCCGCAUCCUUGGUUUUCUUAGCAGCUCCUGCUUGUUUCUCUUCUCUGCUUCUCCCGCACUGCCUCAGGCACAAAAAGCAGAGCUCAAGACAUUCUAAGCUUCGGCCAAGAUGUUCCUCCGUCGAAACGAUCAGGAAGCUCCCAGUGAGGUACUGAAUUGGCGAUUAUGGUAUGGCGUGUUCGUCUUUGGACUUAUGGGAGCCGCUCGUGGCGUAGACGAGGCAAGACUCCGAACCGACUGCUGGCGUCCUUCCAUCCCUAAAUCACGAUGCAGGGCCUCAUCGGCACCACUUCCACGCUGCCUAGCUUCUCCUCGAAAUUUCAUCUCAAAGACCCAAGCUUGAGCGAAACUGAACAAGCGAGCCGUCUGGGCAACAUUACCUCUAUGCUUCAGCUUGGAUCGAUCGGAGGAGCACUCAUCGCGUUUUACAUUACAGACAAGAUUGGUCGUAUAUGGGCAACUCGCCAACUGUGCUUGCUUUGGGUCAUCGGCAUCGCGAUAUUUCUGUCCGCUGGAACCACCGGAUCUAUUGGCCAGAUCUACGCUGGCCGCUUCAUUGCUGGACUCGGAGUAGGGCAGAGCUGUGUCGUUGCUCCGACGUAUUUAGCGGAAAUUUCUCCACGUUUCACGAGAGGACUCUGUGUUUGUAUGUUUAGUGGCAGUGUGUACUUGGGGAUCAUGUUAGGAUAUUUUGCCGUCUGGGGCAGCUCGCUCCACAUCUCGGGAGAAAGCCAGCUGCAGUGGAUCAUGCCCAACAUGCUUCACAUCUACUUCGCCUCUAUCAUCGGGUUUUCCUCGCUCUUUGCCGUGGAGUCCCCAAGAUGGCUGAUGAAGGUCGGGAAGUAUGAGCAGGCAACAAAGAAUCUUUCCACCCUUCGUAACCUUCCGAGCGAUCACUGGUACGUCCAGGCCGAGAUCAUCGAUGUCAGGGAUCAGCUUGAACGGGAGAAGGAAGCGACCCUGGGCACAAAAUGGUACGGCAUUAUCCGCGAGCUCGUCUCCUCUAGUGCCAACAGAUACCGCCUUUUCCUCUCGGUUUUCUCGCAGCUACUCAGUCAAUGGAGUGGAGCAUCCUCCAUCACGAUCUACGCUCCUGAGUUCUUCGCCCUCGUUGGUCAGACGGGUCAGAACCAGAAGCUCUUUGCAACAGCCAUUUUUGGAGUUGUCAAGUUCAUAUCCGCCUUGUCUUGCGCACUUUUCUUGAUUGACUACAUUGGACGCAAGCGGUCUCUCAUGAUCGGAAUCUCACUGCAAUUUGUUGCGAUGCUGUAUAUGGCCAUCUUCCUCAUGAUAGACCAGCAGGUGGACGACCUCGAAGAGCAGAGCCAGAGUCAAAAGAAUGCCGCAACAGGAGCUCUGGUCAUGAUCUAUCUUUCCGGGUUCGGCUGGGCAAUGGGCUGGAAUUGCAUCCAGUACCUCAUCAAUUCCGAAAUCUACCCCCUACGGCUCCGCGCCAUCGGUGGAUCGUUCGCUAUGACAUUCCACUUUGUCAACCAGUACGGCAAUUCCAAAGCAGUACCAGAAAUGUUCAUCGGCAUGACGCAUGGUGGGACCAUGUUAUUCUUCGCCACAGUGACAAUCAUUGGGUUGGUCUGGGCAUGGUUUUUCUUGCCCGAGCUUGCAGGCAAGUCACUGGAAGCCUGCGAUGCCGUAUUCAACCUGCCAUGGUACCUCAUUGGAAGGAAGGGCAAAGAGCUCACGGCGGGCGCGGGUGGUGUCGUGGAGAACUUGCACGAGAAGGCGGUGCUGGAGGCAGAUCAGGUGGAAAACAUCCAAGAUGCCGAUCGCAAGGCAUGA